AGUAAAGACACAACUCCAUCGAGUAAAUCGACUCCUUGGUUGAAUUUAUAUACUUUAUUCAGAUCAGCUUGCGUUGGAUCCCAAAACAACGAUGACGGAAUUGGAAAACAACGAGUCAAACCUCCCUACCAGUGCAGAGAUAUCUACGGCCGCGCAAGCUACCGGAGAAACGUAUUUUAACCCCUCAUAUGAUGGGGCACUGAUUAUUCUAAGCGUUAUGAUAAUCGCCAUAAAUUUACUGGUGAUUUCACUGUUCUUUUACCGCGAAUAUCUACAGACAAAAACGAACAGUUUGCUAAUCAGUCUUGCCGUCUCCGAUCUACUAGCUGGUUUAUUGGGGAUCCCUCUGAUCGUCGCUUGUAACGCGGUUUUAAAAGCCGGAGUUUGUACAGCAGGAGCGCUGAUCUACCGCUUUAUAGCCGUCUCAACCAUGUACCACAUCCUUGUGGUGACUCUAGAAAGGUACAUCUAUGUGAUGUAUCCAAUGAAGUACAUUAACAUCGUGACGGCACCACGGGUGCUCAAAGCUAUCGCUGGCAUUUGGUUGUUCUCAAUGUUUAUCUCGCUUAUCCAGUUGACUUGGGAAGAUCCAACACGAUUCUUCAAACCUCGCGAUUCAGCCUCUCAACAGUACGCACUUGCCUACACCAUCGUGGGAAUUGUCUUCUGUUUUUUUCUGCCUGCUCUGUUAAUGGCCAUCAGCUACGUGAGCAUGUUCAUGGUAAUUCACCGUCAGAUAAAGGAGAUCCGUGGCCUGUACAACACGCGCGCUACGGGCGCCAACAGUCAACGUGCUCCGAUUGCUACAGAAGCGCGCGCCCUGAUCAUCUUCGUGGCGAUGCUCUCAAUUUUCAUAAUUUGCUGGCUGUCGUUUUAUGUCACCGGAUUUUUAAUUCUUCUCCCAGGGCUGCAUAUAGAGGCAAUACCAGAUGAGCUUUUUCCGAGGUCUUUGAUGGUGUUUAAUUACAAGGCGUACUGCAAAGGAAAAACAAAACAACGUUAAACUCUUUUAAAUGCUUUUUCAGUGAUGGCAGCUGGUUAUGUACUUUAUUAGUUUACGAUCUGAACUGUUUGCCUCGAGUUCUGGGUAAAUACUGGAUUUUUGCCGACAAAAAUAUGAUCAUCGUCCAUAAGAGGGCUCGCUUUAAAUAACAAUGAAAAACCACUUUCCAUUCUUUUAACGUUCCUAUUCAAUUCUAAGAAAGGAUGUGUAUAUCCUCUAGGAAGAUUUCUCUCGAUAAAUAUUCCUUUGUGUUUUUCUUUUUGUCUUUGUAUUGAACGAAAGGAAAUUUGACAACAUUUCCGCUGUAACAAUUUACAUAAUAUUUAGAGGAAAACAAUACGCACACUGAUUAAAAUCAUAAGCUGCACAAUCCUCAAGGACUUCAAUUCAUGACAUAGGAUUUCUCUUUGAAAUCUAACAAGUUUAAGUUUCAGUCAGAUUAUUUCAAAAUCCGAGGUUGAAUGGAAAAUCGGUCAACGCCCAAUGACAGUUUGAAAAUUCUUCAGCUGGUAUAUGUUUAUCGAAUGGAAUCAGUUUUUAUUUCAGUAAUAAAAAUCGUCGUAACAAGUAGUUCUAUAAGACAAAGGUUAAUGUUGCUUUAAAUACAUAAUUUAAAUUGUAAAAAUACAAUAGCGUGGAUGUGUGGUUAGCUGACCAGCGUUUUUAAUAGCGCCUGGAUAAUUUUUUGUCAUCUUAAUUGUUAAUUUGCACGCGUCAGUGUUGAAAUUUCGUCCUCUGUAUACAAAAGAAUACCAUAGUUGAAGCGGGUUUUGAAGCUGGGUUUUAAUGGCUUGUAGUGACGAGAAAGUAAAA